CUCUCAUCACCUCAGUUUCCAAUAACCUGCAAAAUCUCACUACUUUCUGGCUCAAACUACCCUAUUGAACUCGGCGAUCGUAUAUGGUUCUUCAGUAAACGCCCACUUUAAAAAAACCUACGUUAAUAUGGAUCAACAACUCCCUCUCUCUCCGCCUUCUGAGCCGACGCCUUCUCCCACAGCCAAGGCGGUCCCGCAGGACUCCCCUGUCCGCACCACUGCGAUACACGAACUGCUACCUGAGAUUCGUAUUCCGGGCGAACCAUUACCGCCGCACAAAUACCAUCCAGUCACUUGCACUCCCAUCGACGAAGAAGAGAUACGCUCCCAGAUUGAACAACUGCGCCAGGAAUAUCCUACACCAGAGGCGGCCCUGAAGGCGCAAGAGCAAGCUGCAAAGGAAGUGAGGCAAAAGCUGGAAGAUGCCGAGAAGAAGCGCGAAGAAGUGCAGAAAGCCAUGGACAAGAAGAUCAAGGAACGCAACACAGAGAUGAAGGUCUUGUCCAAGUACCAGGAAGUCAAGACUUCGAACAUUGCGUCUUAAAUUCUGUGUUCAGUCAGAGAAGCUUUACACAAACCAUGCAGACAUAUUCAUACAUGGCCAUCAACAAAAAGGCACCGCCAGUCUUCUCAGAGGGGACAAUUACAAUGAGAGAUGAUGAAUCAUUGUGCGACCUUGAAGCCCGGACGACUAGCAGA